GCGCACUAUGAAGUCACGUACUCUCGAUCCGGGGUGAAAGGACGGAGUGUAGUGACGAUGGCCUCCGCCUCUUCUAGCGAAGUAAAGGCGAUCGACAAGCGGACGGUGCAUCAGAUAUGCUCGGGACAGGUGGUGCUGUCUCUGGCAGUGGCCGUGAAGGAGCUGGUGGAGAACAGUCUCGAUGCUGGCGCCACCUGCGUUGAGGUGAAACUGAAAGACCAUGGGCUGGAACUGGUGGAGGUUGCAGACAACGGGAGUGGGGUAGCCCCUGCCAAUUUUGCUGCUCUGACUCUCAAGCACCACACCUCCAAACUGAGUGAAUUUGACGACCUCCUGACUGUAUCUACGUUUGGUUUUCGUGGAGAGGCCCUCAGCUCCCUCUGUGCACUGAGUGAUCUAGUGGUGACCACCUGUCACAGGACUCAGUCGGUGGCCACCAGAAUAGAGUACGACUCCAACGGCCACAUCAAGUCUCAAACAAACUGUGCUAGAGAGGUUGGAACUACAAUCUCUCUUCAUAACCUAUUCCACUCUCUGCCAGUGAGAUGCAAAGAGUUCCAGAGGAACAUAAAGAAGGAAUUUAGUCGUAUGGUGCAAAUGCUUCAAGGUUACUGUCUCAUCUCCACUGGUGUCCGUAUAUCUUGCUGCAACCACACCGGAAAAGGCAAGCGUCAGGUGGUUCUUGCAACAUCAGGAGGGUCCUCUGUCAAGGAGAACAUUGUGUCUGUAUUUGGACAAAAGCAGCUACAGUUGUGUGUGGAGCUGAGGGAGUGUGAGAGAGAAGAGGUGGAGGUGGGAGAGGGGGAGGAGAGUGACCCUGUUAUCCAGGACGCUCUCAAAUCAUUCAGACCAGAACAUGGUGUCUCUCCAUUUUGCAGACUCGCUGGCUAUGUGUCUCGGUGCGCACAUGGCAGUGGCCGCAGUACAGUAGAUAGGCAGUACUACUACUGCAAUGGCCGGCCUUUCGAGCUCCCUAGACUCUCCAAGACAGUGAAUGAAGUCUAUCACACUUACAACAGACACCAGAGCCCUUUUGUUGUGCUAGACAUUCAGACCAGACGAGACCAUGUUGAUGUCAAUGUCACACCGGACAAGAGGAAGGUUAUUUUACAGCAAGAGAAAGCUCUACUACUUCUAGUGAAGGGAUCACUUCAUAAGAUCUACCGCUCCAUGCAAGGAGAGUAUGAGGCUACUUCAGUUGGUAGACAACCUGGUCCAGGGAUACUUGCUUCAGGUGAUCAGCAAGUGUCACCAGAGGUCCCACUCCAUCCCCCUCCCCCUCCCACCUCACUGUGGAGCCGACUACCAUCACUAAAGAGACCUUCCAGUCAUGAAGACUCUGAGAACGGUGAUCUCUGCUCCAGUUCACCUAGACCUAAACAACCAAAGCUGUUGGACUAUGGGAUAGAGAAAAGAGAGCAUGGCUAUUCACAUGAGACCAGAAACAAAGAUGAAGAGAGUUUUAAUCACAGGAACAAAAGCUCAGUCUCAGCUUCACCUUUAUCAGGAGUUACUACAACGGCGUCUACAAGUCGAACUAAUGACUGGUUGAAUAGUCAGGAGAAAACCACAGAGUCAUGCGCUUGGCAGGGCAGUUGUGAUAGGAGCAAGACCACAACAAGGAGAGAAAGUGCGGUUUCGAAGACCAAUGUAGGGAGUGUGAGAGAGCACACAGUGUGUUGUGAUGUGAGCCUCAUAUCUCAGAGGUUGAGGGCAGGACUUGGUGGUGUGGGGGAGGGGAAAGGUGGGGUGAGGAGUAGGAAAUUCAGGGCCAGGAUAAAACCUGAUGAGAACCAGUCUGCAGAGCAAGAGUUGCGCAAACAGAUCAGUAAGACGAUGUUUGAGAGGAUGCACGUAAUAGGCCAGUUCAACCUUGGAUUCAUCAUCACUAGAUUGGAUACAGACAUUUUCAUUAUUGACCAGCAUGCCACUGAUGAGAAGUACAACUAUGAGAGACUCCAGAGAGAAGCUGUUAUUGACCACCAGAAACUAAUCCAACCUAAGCUGUUGGAGUUGACAGCAGUCAGUGAGAACAUCAUCUUGGACAAUCUUGAGAUGUUCAGAAUGAAUGGCUUUCACUUCCAUAUUGACCACAAUGCAGCUCCAACACAAAGACUGAGGCUCACGUCACAGCCAGUCUACCGAGGAGUCAAACUUGGUACAGAUGAUAGAUGAGAUGGUGUUCUUGUUGUCAGACAAUCCUGUGAGUCGUGUCACUAAUUAUGGCUAUCAGGAUGUGUAAUCUAAGAACCCCCAAUUCUCAAAUGCAGCCGUAGCCAUUGAUCAUGCACCAACACCAACACUGCUCUGCUAUAACACCUUCUGUUGUGAGUGGGCCCAGCAACAUUCAUUUUUGCGACUUGCGGGCUCAUAUGUUUGUCCUGCGCUGCACGCCAUAUGUCCGUGGUGACAUGAAAUCACUGAAUGGGACGGUAUAGUGUUCUAGAAACCCCAUUAAUCUCACCCUUCGGUAAGAGCUGUUAUUUCCCCUCCCUCCCAGGUAGACAGAAAUAGCAUUGUGCCAUAAUACAAAGCCCAACCCUUCUGGGAUUCCUCACUGCUACUUUGCUCUGAAUUCAUAAUUAUAGAUAUAAAAUCUGCACUCGGUAUUUUAAAGGGCCUUCAGUAUUGGAGGCGUGGAUCAUUUUCUUUGUGCCGUUGGCAGGGAGAGAUGGUACGGCCGUCAAAGUUGUCACAAAUGUUUGCCAGCAAAGCUUGCAGAGGUAGCGUCAUGAUUGGAAAAGCACUAAGCAGGACUGAGAUGAAGAAGCUGGUAGUCCAUAUUGGAUUACAAAAUCAGCCCUGGAAUUGUCCUCAUGGCCGUCCUACUUUCAGACAUCUUGUGGAUCUUUCUCUUCUAUGACUAUUGAUGACUUUUGUCAAAAAUAAUAAUGAAGCGCGCAUGAGCGCGCUAACGUAACAAAAUUAUUAAUUGGUCGACAACUUCCGCGUUUUGCAGUAUAGUCCGUCAGGAGAGUGGCACCCGGGUGACUCUUCUCUUCGAGCAGUAUGGGUCGAAGACUCCGGCGGGAGGCUAUUAUAUGGCUUCGACGCAAAG